GGCUUCUGGAAGGGUGGACGCAAGUGGCGGGGCCCCGAAGGAAGCGGGCCAGGCCGAGCAGCCCCGGCCGGUGCCGGCGGAGGAGGAGCUGCUGCGGGAGAUGGAGGAGCUGCGCUCCGAGAAUGACUAUCUCAAGGAUGAGUUGGAUGAACUCCGUGCUGAAAUGGAAGAAAUGAGGGACAAUUAUUUAGAAGAAGAUGUUUACCAGCUGCAGGAACUUCGGCGAGAACUGGACCGUGCAAAUAAAAACUGUCGAAUUCUGCAGUACCGUCUCAGGAAGGCUGAGCAGAAGAGCCUGAAGGUGACUCAGAAUGGGGAAGUGGAUGGCGAGCUGAUCCGGAGUCUGGAACAGGACUUAAAGGUAGCCAAAGAUGUCUCUGUAAGGUUGCACCAUGAACUUGAAACUGUGGAGGAAAAGCGUGCAAAAGCUGAAGAUGAGAAUGAAACCCUCCGGCAGCAGAUGAUUGAAGUGGAAAUAUCCAAGCUGGCCCUCCAGAACGAGCUGGAGAGACUGAGAGAGAGUUCCCUGAAAAGAAGAGGCAGUCGGGAAAUGAAUAAAGAAAAGAAAACCUUGAACCAGGAUGACAGUGCUGAUCUAAAGUGCCAGCUUCAGUUUGCCAAAGAGGAAGCCUCCCUGAUGUGCAAAAAGAUGGCCAAACUAGGGAGGGAAAAGGACGAAUUGGAGCAAGAGCUCCAGAAGUACAAGUCCCUCUAUGGUGAUGUGGACAGUCCCCUCCCAACUGGGGAAGCAGGGGGGCCACCCAGCACCAGAGAGGCCGAGCUGAAACUGCGGCUCAAGUUGGUGGAGGAAGAAGCCAACAUAUUGGGCCGCAAGAUUGUCGAGCUGGAGGUGGAGAACCGAGGCCUCAAAGCAGAGUUGGAAGACCUGAGGGGCCAAUAUGAGCGUGAGUGUGCAAGCAGGGACCACCCUCCAAGCAUUCCUACCUCACCCUUCCCAGAUUCUGCGGAGUCCUCAUCAGAACUACGCCGACACCUCCAAUUUGUGGAGGAGGAAGCAGAGCUGCUCAGGAGGUCCAUUUCUGAGGUGGAGGACCACAACCGACAGUUGACCCAUGAGCUAAGCAAGUUCAAGUUUGAGGCAAGGCCAGAGCCAGGAUGGCUGGAUGAGGGCACAGGCCAUGAUGGCAGCACAGGCCUCCCUCUGCAGGAGGAGCUCAAGUCCGCUCAACUGCAGAUCAAUGAGCUGAGUGGGAAGGUGCUGAAGCUGCAGUAUGAGAACCGGGUGCUGCUGUCCAGCGUGCAGCGCUAUGACUUGGCCGCACAUCUUGGGCUACGUGUCCCAAGUCCCCGUGACAGUGAUGCUGAGAGCUACAUGGGCAAGAAGGAAAGUGAUGGGGAAGAAGGCCAACUGGCCCAGCCCAAGAGGGAAGGCCCCAUUGGUGGGGAGAGUGACUCGGAAGAGACCUUUGAGAAGACAUCGGGCUUUGGAAGUGGGAAGCUGUCAGAGGCUAGCGAGCUAUGUCCCACCUCACUCACACAGGCCCAAGAAGACUCCGAGUGCCUAGUGAACAUAAAACAGGAGGCGGAGCAGCUUGGGCGCACAGUGGAGAGCCUCAUCACUGACACCGACAGCCUGAUCUGUGAGGCCAGUCUGCAUGCCACAGAGCCUGGAGUCCCGAGUGGCUGGGAGGAGCCUGAGCUGCUGAGUACCAUUAACUUCAAGAUGAAGGUUUUUAGGAAGGAGCUUCAGGCCUUCUUGGAGCAGGUGAACCGGAUCGGGGAUGGCCUGAGGGAGCACUUGGAAGACCUGGCCCCCCUGCCCCAUCUGACUGAGUCUUCCAGCUUCCUCUCUACCAUGACCUCCAUGUCCCGGGACUCCCCCAUUGGGAACUUGGGAAAGGAGCUGGUUGCAGACUUGCAGUCCAAAUGGAGAGAUCAGAUGGAGUGGCAGCUCAGCCAGGACCAUGGGGAGGAACAAGGGAAACUGUGCUUUCGACUACGCCCAGAGAUGCACCGCAGGGCGGAUGGGGAUGCCAGUCGCUGCCGGCCUGCAGACCAGAGGUGCCUCAACUUAGAGAUUGAGGAGGAAAACCUCUAUGCUUUGAGGUGGAAAGAGCUAGAAGUGCACAACCUGGCUUUGCAAAACACCCUACACGCCCAGACCUGGAAUGAUGAGAAGAAUCUGAUGCAGCAAGAGCUCCGGUUCUUGAAACAGAACAUUUUCCUCUUCUACGUCAAACUCAGGUGGCUGCUGAAACACUGGCGGCAAGGUAAACGGAUGGAUGAAGAACGAGAAGCUUCAGCCGAGGGCAAGCAUCCGGACACCCUCCCUGAGCUUGCUGAGCUUGCAGUCCACAAGGGUGGUGGGCCAGAUGGCAUUGAUGAUGAUGGUGGCCCCAGCAUUACCAUGGGGGAGUAUCCUCAGCACUGCCCGGUGGUGGAGGUUGGCAACCACGGAUCGCGACUUCAGAGUACAGACAUGGGACAACCAAAGCAGAUGAUGGAGAACCAGCAGCUAUUUGGUGCCCUCCGGGCCUUGCUGGAAGACUUUCGCGUGGAGCUUCAGGAGGACAAGCAAGCCCGGAUACGGUUGCAGCAGGAGUAUGCCAAUGACAAGGCUGCUUGGGACAUGGAGUGGGCCAUGAUCAGGUGCCACCUGGAACAGCUGGAAGAGAAGCCUGAGAAGAACUUAGGGGAGCCAGGUCCUUCCACUGACAUCAAAGGGGCUUUGCGGAAGGAACGGGAGGCUCACAAGAAACUCCUUGCUGACAGCCAUGGCCUAGUGAUGGAUCUGCGCUGGCAAAUCCAUCACAGUGAGAAAAACUGGAGCCGCGAAAAGGUAGAACUUCUUGACCGCCUGGACAGAGAUCGACAGGAGUGGGGACAACAGAAGAAGGAACUUCUUUGGAGGAUAGAGCAGUUGCAGAAAGAAAACAGUCCCCGGAAAGGUGGCAGUUUCCUCUGUGAGCAGAAAGAAGGCAGCCCUUGCCCCUUCCCUGACCAAGGAGGCCUCUGUGUACCUGGAACCAAGGGCAUGUGGCCCUGCACCGAUGUGGAAUCCAUCCCCUUUGAAGACCAGCCAUUGUCCAAGUUGAAGGAGUCGGACAGGUGUUCAGCCAGUGAGAACCUCUAUCUGGAUGCUCUGUCACUAGAUGCGGAGCCCGAGGAACAUCUGCCCCGAAGACGGGACCGAGAGUUCAGGAACCGCCUACCUGAGGAAGAAGAAAAUCGCAAAGGAAAUCUUCAAAGGGCAGUGUCCGUGACCUCCAUGUCUGAGUUCCAGCGUCUGAUGGACAUCUCUCCCUUCCUGCCUGACCAGGACCUGCCUUCCAUGAGCAACAAAGAUGACACCACCCCUCCCCUGUCUCCUGAUGAUCUGAAGUACAUUGAGGAGUUCAACAGCAAGGCCUGGGAUUGCAGCUCCCGCAGCGACCAUGAUAGAGCAGGUCUGGGGAGGCCUCAAGAGUCUUGGACAGACAGGACCGAGGUGGGGCAAGACGGGCCUGAUGCUGCCGUAGAUCCGUUCCCUGACUCUUCAUGGUACCUCACCACAAGUGUCACCAUGACCACAGACACUAUGACUCACCCUGAGUACUGCCCGAAACAGUCACUUCGCAGCCAUGUGGUCGCAGAGAGGUCGGGUGUUCGCGUGCUCCACAGCCCGCCUGCUUUGCACAGAUUCGAUGGAGUGGUCACGGCCCCGGGCAGCGAGGAGCAGAGCCCAGGAGAACCUGAGUUGCCAUUUCCCACGGGCAGAGCCAGAGCAGGGGUGGGGGAAGCCAAAGGAGGCCCAGCAGAGCAUGUGUUUGGCAAGUGGCCUUGUGACUUCCCCCGACAGCCUCGGGACUAUGGGGAUGGCAGACUCUGUUCUCUGGAGGGCUCCCUCGGCCCCUCCCUAGGGUUUCCCUCUCCACUGCACAGCCUGGAGAUGUCCAAGAACAUGAGCGAUGACAUGAAGGAAGUGGCCUUCUCCGUCAGGAGUGUCAUGUGCCCUGCAGAGCCUCAGGUCAAGGACACUGCCUGCCAGACCAAUGGGUCCCGGACAGCCGGGACACAGACCAUCCAGACCCUCAGCAUUGGCCUGCAGACUGAAGCCCUGCGUGGAGGUAUAACCAGCAGUCCCCACAAGUGUCUCACACCCAAGGCUGGGGGUGGCACCACACCCGUUUGCUCGCCUUCCAGAGGUCUUAGGAGCAGGCAGGUGGCCCCUGCCAUCGAGAAGGUACAGGCCAAGUUCGAACGCACAUGCUGCUCCCCUAAGUACGGCUCCCCCAAACUGCAAAGGAAACCACUUGCAAAAGCCGACCAGCCAAAUAACAGGACCUCAGCAGGAACACCCCCAAAGGGCUACAGCGAGUCAGCCUGGGCACGCUCCACCACCACAAGGGAGAGCCCUGUGCACACAACCAUCAAUGAUGGCCUCUCCAGCCUCUUCAACAUCAUUGACCACAGCCCCCUGGCACAGGACCUUUUCCAGAAAGGAGCUCGAGUCGGGAACCCAUCUCGCUCAGUGGAACCCCGACCAGAGCUGGGCCAGGAAACAGGCACCAGCUCCCGGGGGCAGUCACCCAGCCCUCUCGGGGUUGGAGUGGAGACAUUCAGGGAGGAAGGGGGAGAGGGCACCCCAAUGAGGCAGGACCUGUCUGCACCCCCUGGCCACACACUCACAGAAAACACCGCUCGAAUCCUCAACAAGAAGCUGCUGGAGCAUGCCUUACAGGAGGAGAGGAGGCAGGCUGCCCACAGUCCCCCGAAUCUGAGCAGCGAUGGCCACCCAGGGGAGAUGAGCAAAGCCGAACCCGGGUCCAUGGAGGAACUGCCUUGUUCAGCGCUCGCCCCUUCCCUAGAGCCCUGCUUCUCCAGGCCUGAGAGACCAGCAAAUCGUCGCCCGCCAUCCCGUUGGGCUCCACAAUUCCCCACUGCCUCAAUACCUCAGGCCUCUGGAGAUCUGCUGCCCAUGGAGGACCAGUGUGACACGGAGCCAUCAGUGGAGAAGCUGCACCGAGAUGCAAGCAUGCAUGAAUUAUCACAGCAUAAUUCACUGUAAUUUGCAAACCACCUUACCGUCAUGAACCAACCUCUGCCCAGACGGAGAGAGCUGGAUUUCCCAAGGUCAAAUAAUGUUUUCUAAAAACACACAGAUACUGAAUGUUCAACCUGUGAAACUGCAAUGUUUCUAGAAUGAAACAGUAAAUGUGCCUGUAAUAACUUAAUUUUUUUCAUAGCUCAGAAAACUAUUUUUGUCUGCAUCUUUUUUAUGCACAAUAUAUGAAAUAAAAGGUAAGUAUGAUACAAAAUUUAAAAAUAAAAGUUUUAAAAAUGUACAUUUUAAGAGAUCUUGAAUGCCCUCACUUUCAGUAAUAACUGCCUUUCUGUUAGAUUCCCACUGUCCUAUUUUGGUUUAGUUCACUUCCAUGUUGAAUUAGAGUAUUGUAAGUUAAUUUUAUUUUGUCAGUGUUAUUUAAGAAUUUUUGAAAUGCUUCUGACUGAAUCUGAACUUUGUAAUGGAAAAGCCAUGAAGACAAUAGACAAGGCCAGUAUCUAUGUAAACUAGAGGGGACACAAGUCAAUGUGUUGGAAAGGUACAGAGUCCUCAGAGGAGUGCACAGAGCCACUGUGCAGUCCACAUCUUCUCCUUGCCUUGCAUGUCUUGGGUUCCCAGCACUGAGUGCAUGUACAUAUCGCUGCUGAUUCUCGCUGUCACCUCAGUGUGAGUCUAUGUGUUUCACUAUAAUAUAUUGUGAAUUUCUUUGUACUGUACUUUUAUUGUCAUUCCUCUUGCAUUGAUGAUACAACAGUAACAACAUUUAAAAUUAUUGUUAAAAAGAUUAACAGGCAAUGUGCAUUGUUUAUUCAGUUUUCUUGUUUAAGGAAAAAUCUUACAAGAAAACGUAAAGAAGCCAAAUUGAUACGGUUAAUGAUGGCUCCGAGUCUGUGUAAGACCACAAGGAAGUGAAAAUAAAGCUUUUACAAUGGCA